AUGAAGUUCAACCUCGUCCUUCUUGCAACCUUCCUGGCAGCACCUAUCCUUGCUACCACUAUCCCUGAAGUCAGCGAAGCCAUUGAUCUCGCUGAUCGUGAAAUGUCUGCAGUCGACGAAGGGAAUGAACUUACUGCCAGAAAGGCCAUGGUUUGCCGUACUAACAUCGCCGAACGGGAGCAGAGAUGCUAUGGGAAAUGCUCCAAGAACGGAUGCCACUGCACGAGGCCGGAUCGGGGCCAAGUGUGUCUGCCGCUAGAGGAUGAUUCUACUUGUGCCUCUGGCCUAGUUCAUACCGUACUGUGUUCUCGACGGGCGGAUUUCGGUUUAUUCCUUAUGCUUCAGCAACAUAUCUACACUGUCGUUAAGUCACAAAACAUGUCAUCUAGCUGGCUUCAGAUGGGAAACGUCAUCUGA